AUCAGAGACGACGACUCACUGCGGCAUUCAGACGCGUUUAGUGUAUUUCCACCCUCGAACCCAGUCGUACACAAACCAAUCGAGAGCUGCUGAAAGUAGUAGAACGUAGUAGAAGCUGCUUUUCCUCCCUGCAUACCAUUCGCAUACUAAGUGCUACGCGCUAUGCGUCUGUGAGAUAGAACGGUGGGAAGUUUUAAAAACGAUUAAUUGCUGAUUUCGUGUCGUGAUAGCAGUGCGCAACGUUUCCCGUAGCGUUUCCGCUGUGUGCGUUAACUGUGAAGAGCUAUUUAGCUACGUACUAUUAAACGCUAGUGAACGCAAGCAAAAAACAUUGUAAAGUGAUCAAAUUCCACAUAAAAGGAACAAGUUUUACCACUGAAUUCGCGCAAUAUGAAGGAGAUAAACAUAAACAGUGUGAAUCACGCGGAGCUGGUUAGCGGCUGUCAGCCUCCGGUGCCGGCCGCCGACGGCGUUACCAAGGUGAUGGAGGAUGGCAAAGCGGGCAAUCAAAUUCAGGCCCUGCUGGAGCGCAAUGAAAAUCCGCCCGAAGUCCUGGCCGGUACCACGCUGCAUCGUCCAAUGCGAACUUUUUCACCAAUCAGUGGCAUCUCCAAGCUGCUUAAGAACUUGUACCUCUGCGGCGGUAGUGCUGCUUCGGUGGCCAUGAUGCAGCAGCUCGGCGUAACCUUCGUGAUCAACGCUACCACCGUAACAGAGCUGACCGACACACCGCUUCCGGCGGAAGACACACGCUAUCUAAGAAUUCCCGUGAAGGACAACCGUGAAGCGAACCUGGAGCGCUACUUCCACGAGGUAGCGGACAUGAUCGAAGAGGAGUCCAAAGCCGGGGGAGUGGUGCUGGUACAUUGCGUCGCUGGAAUCAGUCGAUCGGCCUCGCUCUGUCUGGCUUACCUGAUGAAGUAUCAUCGCAUGAGCCUGAAGGACGCGUACAACCACAUCAAGGACAAGCGGCCCCAAAUCCGCCCGAACGUGUCGUUCGUGAAGCAGCUGAUGGACUUUGAGCAGAAGCUGUACGGCACGCGAACCGUCACGAUGGUGUACUGUCAUGCGCUCGACCAGGAGCUGCCCGAUAUUUACGAGCCCGAGUUCCGCACGAUGGAGCUGCUGUACCAAAAGUUCCGACGAAACAUUGCGCGGCGCUAGGAAGCGUGCGAGGCGUGCACACAAUUUCGCAACUUAUUCCAUUUAUUCCCUUUUAAACUUAGUGAGCUACUAGUGCUUUGUAUUACCAGUGCUCCGAAACAGUGCUUCGGUUCGCAUACUUAACUGUUUCGCGGGCAGGAAAACGAGAGGUGCCAGCUCUAGCGUUAAGACGUGUGGCAUCGGUUUGGCCCCACCGCUGACCAGCCUCACAACUACUGAUUUAUGAUAGUAUUUGCAUCCAAAUAAUUCUACAGGAAACACUUCAACCCUUAGCCGGGGGCUUUAAUGGCCCCAAAAAACAGCCUCAUGCAUGCACAUUGUAUGUACUAAACUAUUAAACUACUAGCUACUUAAUCUAACAAGCGACAGAAGACACCGGUGCGUGAGACCGGAGACAGGAUUAAUUUGAGUAUGGAAACAAAUGAAAAGGGGAAAACACAACAGUUAAAAUUCACCAUUCUUAUGGCAAUGGCUCGUUGGUUCGAACUGCAAAGCUAACUGAAACACCGUAUGCCGGUUUUAAGACGUCAAAACUUUCCUAAGACAGGUCCCACUGAUUCGAAACCACGUGAAAAAUUGCUGUGAUUGGAAAUUAAUACUGAUAUUCGUUAAGCGGUAAGAAAGAGAUUUUAGUUUCUUGCUUACUCUGCCCGCGCGGCAGACACAGAUCGGUUCAGAAUUAGGGCAUUGUGUCGUGUUUUUUUAUGUUUGUGUUUGUGCAAACAGUAGAUUUGUAAGCAUUACAGCAGUACUUUACAAGGAUGUUGUACUUCAUACUCGCAAAUAAAAUUUGAUAUUCAUACAAAGA